AUGGAGAAUCCACAUGAACAAACACACAAUAUGCUCCUAGCAAGAAUAAUAACCAACAUGGAGAACUUGAAUGAAUCAGUGGUUGAAAUGAAAAAGCUUCUAGGUGACGCAAACAAGAAUAAUUUGCCCAUGGAAGUAUUGGCUAGGAUGUGGGAAAGUUAUAUUAGAAACGCGGAGUAUCAUUUACAAGCUACGGGACAAAAGGAGACUGCACAACCUGAAGACGAGGAGGAGGAGGAGGAGGAGGAGGAGGAGGAGGAGGAGGCAAGGAGUUGA